AUGGCCGCGCUCGAUACUCUGCCUGUUGAACUUGUCGCAAAUAUCGCCAGCUAUAUGGCACCUCAAGAUGUCAAAGCCUUGAGCUGCGCCAGCUGGUUCAUGCGGCAUGCUGUUCUUGUGGUCCUCUUCCGAACUAUCACUAUUCCCUGCCCACUGGCCUCUACUCAAGCUCUAGAGGAGCUCAUCGACAAGUAUCAAGACUUCAUCUCUGCCAUCCACUUGCACAUAUCCUUUCAGUCCAACAAGAACGACGAGCCCCACAACGGUCCUAUGCCCAGCGUAUGGGGGGCGGCUCCAACAGAUACACUCCAGAAAAUCAUGCGAGGCGACAUCCUCAGCAAUGUCCGUUCUUUAGUCCUCGAGUUCAACGGGGCAACAUUUGAACGUGGUGGCAGGUGGGGUGAAAACGCAUCCUGGGCAAUUGCAAAUAUGCCCGGCAACAUCUGUGACAACGAGGAGGAAUGGGAUGAGACACUGCAGCAAGAACAAGAGAUUAUUUGGCGAGCGCAGUACAACGAAGUCAUGCGAACCAUUUCAAUGAACCAAAAUAUCGCGAACCUCAGGAUAAAAAACCUCAUUGCCAAGAGCGCUUCCGCAUGGGAAACACUGGAAUGGUCGUCUUUCUCGGGAAGGCUGCAUGUACUGGAUAUUGGUGUCUUUGGCGGCGAUGAAGGCGAUUGUUUGCACACAAAGCCCGGAUUCAUAGAGUUUGUCGAGAGCUUUUUGCCGUAUUACGUUAUGAGGCAUGCGCGGAACGUCAGGCAUCUUACUCUCGAAGCCAGCGCUGACGGUCUAUUUGGAGGAGCAUCUGCCAACUAUUGCAUUCCGUUGCCCUUGAAGGAAGACCACUUCCUCUUCCUCAAGUCACUCACGCUUAAGAAUAUCAUGAUCGGACCUGAUCUGGUAGAGUUUCUCAAAAGCCGAGUCGAUUGCUUUGAGGAGCUUGAGCUCCAUGACUGCAUGUGCGAUGGACCUGAACCGGAAUACGGACCUGGGUGGAAUCUAGAACCCGUGACGUGGGCUGAUCUCUGGAGAGCCAUCAGGGAGAGCAAUACACGACUUUUCAAGGUGUCUGUCGUGCAAAGCAAAACACCUCCGCUGCUAUGGCAGGAGGGCGAGAGUGAGGUGGAUGAGGCCAGUGAGGAUUCUGUCGCGGUUGCGGGGAUUCGAAAGAUGCUGGAGGAAGAUAGAAGUCUGGUGGUCUGGAGAUAUGCUAGGGUUGAUUACAAGUAUGGUUGGAUUGUGGAACUGUCGGAUGAUAAUAUUAAGUAUUUUGCGGAGGGUGAGGAUCAACGGGAGUAUGUGAAGCUUUUGAAGGUGUUAGAGGAGAGAAAUGAGCAGCGAGCGUAA